CACCUUACAUUCUAUCUCCCUCGUUAGGCCCGUGUCCGCCUUGCAGAUGGUGAGUGGUCCAACAAGUUUUCUUUAGACGCUGCAGGUAGUGGAGGAUUACUGAAAGUAAAGAAAGGCGGGAAAUUGCACGAGGUAAUACAUUUUCUGCUUAUAGAAAUAUAUUUAGUUCCCAAGGUGGACAAUUGUUCCACUGUGAAAUUUCGAGGCAAAUCUUGUAGCAGAAGCCAUCUUUAUAUGUUGUAUUAGCGUCUUAGAAACCAAAUUCCUCUGGGAAAUUUCCCAAACGCACUUUGUUAUUAGUAGCAUAGUUUUUUGCACUACCACUAGUCUUUCACUGGGUUGUACAAAGCAAGUUCUCAUUUUUUUAUUAUAUCUACUAAUUUUAAUUGAAUUUACGAGUUUAACUGAGUUUGACUUUACUGCCGGUCUAAUUUCCCUCGUCACUAUGUCAUGUUUUUUUUUUUUUGCAAUAAAUUUAAGCAGUGAGUUAUAACAAAAGCGAUUCACAAAAGGUACUGAAACUCUUUUUAUCACGGUUAAUACCAGGUAGAGGAAAUCGCAUUCUGAAGGAAUUAUCUUGUCGCUUUCUGCUUCUUUCUGUUCAUUUCUGUACUUGGAAUCAAAGAAAACCCUGAAAUAAUGGUUCAUUUUUACUUAAAAUUGCUUCACUACUAUGGGCGGACGAAAACGGAUAGCAACUUGGACAAAUUGGGCCUCCUUUUUAAAGUUAAACGCCUGCGUUGCCGUUGAAAAAUGUACCGAAGACCGAUCAUACAUGUACCCUGUUUUCCCUUUGACAGAAUCAUUUGAUAUCUAUUUUUAGAGUUCCAAGUAUGAUGACAAAAACAUGACUAAGAAUACUUCGUUAUAAUUUCAGCUCAGCUUUGACCAAAAAAUGCUGAACUUACCGAGACAUAGCCCGCAGGGCUCUCAUUAAAAGGCGCGGGCCGGGGAUUUCCCCCGGCUACUUUCAUAGGAAAAUAGAAGAAAGAGAGAACCAAAAGAAACCCCUAGCUAUUUGUUCUCCCGCCUAUUUGUUGUAUUCACCUGGCAACUUGAAAUCGUACUGACAACCCUGCUUAGCCCCUUUUUUAGUCCCAUAAACCUAUCUUUUGAGUUUUUAGUUAUAACACUAUGAUGCAGACAUACCUAAGAAAUUAUUGUCGCAGUUCUAUGAUGCUACGCUGAGAUUUUGGAGUCUUUUUGAACGAUUUGGUAUGGUUGUAAUUCUUUGUAGCUUGGUAUGCAGACCACCCUUUCGUACUUCAGCUUAACGAAGAUAGUGGAGUUUAUACCAUUUAACCUUAUUAACAACGCAACAGAGGUAGGUUAUAUUGCUGUGGGAAUGAGGUCAAUUCUAUGCAUCGCUUCCCUUUAAUAUGUGUAUAGGCGUCGCUUAUACGGUCUAAUUACAACAAGAGACCAUGGCUUUGGAACCAAGAGCGAUGAGAACCAAGCGCUGAAAACUGCUUCCCGAAGCAUCACGUGACCAAACAAGACGUUCAAAAAGGUCACGUGGUCUAGACAAAAAUUCAAAAUGGGUGCGAUGUUAUUUACCGGGUGCUACCACUGAAUUUGGUAAUUUUGUUAGUAAGAGUUGUGUAUUUAACAGUUGACGAGUUUUCUGUGAUGUUGUUAUAGUUCACAGUGUUGCUGACAGAUACAUCAGAUCAAUUCAAACCAUCCUGGAUAGAAGUAAAACCAGGAGAGGUACAGUAAGACUUUUCCUUCUAUCCGUAACAGCGCGCAGCAUUCUUUUGCAGUAUUACUGACUAAUAAAAUGUAAAGGUAGUGAGAAUGAUGGCGCUGUUGAUUUUGACGUCGUAAGGCCAGCAUAACACAGUAGGGCUCCAAUUUAAAUGUUGCCUGGAGAAACAUUAAAUAAAAAUAAAUAAAUAAAUAAAUAAAUAACGAUUUAGAGGUAGCACAUCCACAUAGUGGUUCCUUGUGCCUUUCUUCAGUGCCAUUCCUGGUCGAGUUGGAAUUUGGAAAUGUUGGUUUUUGAGGUAGAGGGUAAGUCCGGAGUACUCGGGGAGAGAUUUCUCGGAGCAAGAGAGAGAACCAACAAGAAACGGAACCCACAUAUGACUUCGCAGCCGAUACUCGAACCCGGGCCACAUCGGUGGGAAGCAAGUUAGCCUGUUUCAGGCUCUCUGAUAGUGGGAAAGACGCGAAAGAAAAAGGCACGCGAAAAGUUGGCUCCCCAGUUUCCUCCCGUUUUAUUUUCGUGUUUGCGCUUUCUCAAUUCAGCAGACCCGACUAUCUCGGAGCCUGGAACAGGCUAAAAGCGAGUGCUCUCACCACUGCGCCAUCCCUUGGUUCCCUAACUAGGGGAGGUCACAGCCAGAGAUAAAUAAAUAAUCAUUCUUAUUCUUUUUUAGUGUGUUCCAUUUUGGCCGGAUUCUUGUCCAUCAAAGAACCUUCGCAUGAAAGUCAGUGAUGGUGGUGAAGUCUCACCCAGCUUUAACUUUGAACCUGAUGUUAGUGUAGUACUGAAAAUGAACGGCAAGGUAAGUGAUAGAAAUGGUUAAACAGGGCAACAUCCAAAGCAAGAAAAGAGGCCUAAACCAUACCGUUUUUAGUGUUUCCAUUCGCCACUCCAGAAACGAUAAAGGAGCUGGUGUGUCCCGCAAUUGUUUCUGGGAUGGUUACUGGGACGCGCCGGUCAGCUGUUGGCCAAUUUUUUCCAUGUCCCUUGUAACUGUCCAGGAAGUCUUUGCAAAAGUGAACUCGUUUCUUAAGUGGCGAAUGGCUUUUAUUCAAGGGUUUAUGUUUCCGACGGGUAGCCCUUAUUCUCGGCCAGUGUUACAGAUCCAAGUCAACUCCUUUGGGUUUCUUCAAGUUGAUUCUUCAGUGCAAGUUACCUACGGGAGACUGCCAACACUCGGCUUGGAAGAUUUUAGACGCUAUUUUGCGUUAAAGUUUAUUUUGUACUGGAUAUUUUCCAUAAAUUCUAUAUUGCAUUAGGUUCCUUUUUUUCACCAGAUCGUGGAUCUCAAACCCUUUGUCCUCAGUUUUUCCUUUUGUAAGAGAGCGUGCACGUUGUACCAUACCUCAUUAGAAAAUUGGAGAAAUUUCGUCUAACUUUUAAGCAGUAGGGUAAAGCUUGGUCUCCCGGCAAAUCAAAAAUUCGUCGGAAAAGGUGAAUGAUUGUUUUUGUUGUAGGUUGGAGCGGUGUGUGCUGACAUGCUGACUAAAGAUUCUGCUGCCGUCAUAACAAUAACGCCAUACUACACAGGCGCAGCACCAGUCAGACUGGAGAAUUGCACUGAGCUUAAAAUCUGCUACAAACAACAAAGGUUAUUUAAUCUAAUUGGUCAUUUGCACGAUUACGUAUUUUUAAUACUAAGACCAGAAUAGGCAAGUUUCACUACCAGAAUCCAUUUCGUUUUUGCUUUCUUAUUUAAAUUUGCCAAUCCAGCUGAGGUUAAGAAAGCAAUAGCCGUAAUUUGCGCAAGAAAACAACAAACUGAAGGAUUCUGGUAGUUGUAGGAAAAUGACGUCAUCAUGCCAUUAUCCUAUUCAUUUCGUUUCUUCUUUCAUAUUUAAAUUUGGUAAUCCCGGUGAGAAGGGACUGUCAUUCCCGAAUUUGUCUUUCCAGCCACGCAAAGCGAUUUUCGAGAACCUCAAAUCAGAACGCAACACCAUAGUCUUUCGAGACUGAAGGAUGCCAACUAAUUCGCCACAAGUAAGGGAAUCCGGGAAAAUUUUGCACGUAGAAUCCGGAAUCCUGGGCAUUGGAAUCCAAAAUACAGCUCAAAGAAUCCGGAAUCCCUUCUGCGAUUGGAAUCCAGAAUCCGGAGAAGAUGCGAUCGACAGAGUGUGAAAGACCUAUCGAAGCCUGACGAUGGGAUUUCCUUCAGCGAAAAGCGAAUAAGCCAAAGAGCCUUAGCUACAAAAAACGGUCCUCGAACUGUAAAGCGGUGUUGUCGUUCACAUGAGAAAGCAAAUUAUUUUACAACUAAAAAGCGUUAAUAAGCGGUGAAAGUGAUCUUUGCGUUAAAGAAAUGCUGCGCUGAUAUCAAGUUUCUAGAAUAUUCAGGUGCACAUGCAAUCGGAUACUUCCACUAUGUCGGGUUUGAAUUCCUAAGGUCACAACAAGUACAGCCUCGGGUAAGGAUCUAGCUCCCUUAAAAGCGUGAGUGCUAUAGAGAUGCCAAAAAGUUUGCAUAGAAACGCUGACGAAAUGCUUUUUAAAACGGACAAUGUAUGCCAAAAAGUAGAUGCCAAAAAAAACAAAUGCUAAAUACCGUAUGCCAAAACCCACAUGCCAAAAAUCAAAUGCUAAAGAAAUGCAAACGUGGUCUAUGAAGUAACCAACACAGAGAAAGUCAUAAAAGGUAAAAAAACUAAGGAGAAAGUUAAUAUGUUACAGUGCCCAAGCAGUUUAAGACAAAUGAAUUUCAAAAUAAAAUGUUUCUCAAGUCUUUUAGUUACUAUAAAUAAAGAGGUGAUAAUCUUCAACAUUCGGUUGUCAAUAUUAACGAAACUCAAUCACGAAAAUCAAGAGCAGUGGCACUUAGCACCCAUGCUCGUUUACGAUUCAAUUCAUCCAUGAGCUUACUCUUAGGAGCCUUUGAUUGUUGUGAAUGUAACAAAAAAAUCGUUUCCAACUACAUAAUAACAACAGGUUAUUUUUUAUUCCCAAUUUUUUUCUCUCUUCUUAUUUAGUUGCAAGGAACAUUGUCUUCAUCCUAACCAGUGUGUUCUGUUUACAUGGGACGAGCCUUCAGCUAACAAAGAAUUCGUCUGGUUUGUUAAAGGAUCUGGAAAUUUCAUCACGACGGAUUUGUCAAAGGUGGGCAACUUGGAAUAUCAGCUGUUAUUUCUUUGAGUGGGGGAGGAGAUUUUUGCAGUAUGUACUACCAGAAACUGAUUUAAACGGUUACCAUUCUAAUUGAUUCAUAACAUGUGUUGAAUAUGGUUCCUACAGAUGAAGCUUUUCCGCUGUAAUUAAACUCUCUCUAAGACAACAUUAGCAGCCGGUCCAGACGUUGUCCGUCUUUGGAAAUAGUUGUACUUAUCAUGAUAGUACUUUUGUCUAGCAUUUUAUGUCUCCUUUCUCGCCAAAAUCAUUGCUAUACAGUAGUCAUACGCCUUUAAUACACGAACCAAAGACUGAAAUAUUUGCAUUACUGAGGUGCCCAUGAAGUGAGGUUUAGAUUCAGAGCAAUUAAACUACUUUGGUUUGGUAAGGUCAACAUAACAGAGCUCCAAUUUAAGGGACGUCUUCUGGUAAUAGCCACUAGGGGAGGUCACCACCAAAGAUUUUUAUGCCCCUAGUUUGCCGAGCGUUUUUUUUCUUGUACGUCUCACAAAAUUGUGAGACGUGGCCUACACUUUUUCGUCCUUAACCAAGAAGUCUAUGAGGUCUAAUCAUUUGCACCUUCUCCCCAGCUAUUUUAAGACUCUGAGACUGAGUACUGCCUGGAAUCAUAUCCCGGCAUCCCUCUCUGAAGUCUGGAACUUAACCAAUUGAGCUAACUAGUCGGCGGUUCUACCAAAUCAUGUUGUUUGUUGGUUUUCUUGUUUGGUUAGGUGAUGUUUCUUUGCCUCACGUGAUCGUUUGUGUGUCCCUUUUCCCCUUCGUUUAUCCAAAGAGAACAUGAGUCGUUAAACAACCACUGUUUCUCUAUAAAGUGGUUUCACCUUUUUUACCUAAAUUUCCCAAACAGUUUCAUGUGUUUUCUCCGCGACGUAAACAUUUGUAUAGACAAAUCCAAAUAGUAUAGCUUACUAUGUGUUCAUUCUUUUCUAUUUUUAGUCUGGUCAUAACGAAUUUGAACAUGAUGGCAAGAAGUACUACUGGGCUGCUUUCCUGGACGGGCUUCAGAGAGUGCUUUUGAUCAUUGACGACUUCACGUUAGCAUACAGAGCUCAAGUGGUAAGAGAUUGCUUUAUCCUAUUACAUCGAUUAGUGGGGCGAAAUGUUAUUAUCAUUCAAAUAAUUUUUUUUUACAAUAACAGAACGAUUUCUCGCGCGCUGAUUGGUCGACAGAUAUGGUCGAUGAGACUAGAGACCGUGGUAGUGACGUGGUGGCGUAAUUCAGUUUUCUCUCUCGCGCGCGAUUUUCCCAAAAAAAUUACUUCGUGUUGCUACAUGUAUUAGUAAGGUGUUUCAUCAAAAUUUGAGAAAGUUAAUACUGGGUAAAUUUAAAAGUAUUGACUGAUAAUACUCUGAAAACGAGGGUGAUCAUUGGAAAAUAGUUGGAGGAAAACGGAAAUGUACAAACAUAAUUGUUUUUCUAUUUUCUGGGUUUCUCGCACUAUGCACUGUAGGUAAAGUAAACCCGAGUUUUUAUGCGUGAUUAUUGUUCUCAAUAUCUAGCUUUAAACCUUACCGUGUCCUCUGGAUAUAUAUACAUACAUGCUUUAUUGAACACUUCCCCUUAGGGGCUCUUCAACGUCAAUUACAAAAAUGAAUUCAAACAUAUAAUAAAGUAAAACGAUUGACAAUACAUGUUAUUUAAAAAUUACAAAUUAUUUAAAAUAUCAUUCCCUCCCAUAUAUAACAAUCGUCGCUCUUAGACCCAACCCCCUUAACAGUUACUCUGAAAUUAUUAUUAUUAAUAAUUAUUGCGUGGCAUGUUUUUAACUCUCUCUCUUAAAUUUGUCUAGAAGUGUCCCUCUAAGCUUAUUCCUAAAACUAUUAACAUCAAUGGUUAACUUAGUAUUGUUGUCUAAAUUAUUCCAAAUGUUGACUAUCCUAUAGUGGAAUGUUUUCUUCCCAGUAGCAGACCUAAAUAAAGGGAUAUUUAGCAUCUGUGAAUUUCUGGUUUUCCGGUUACGUAUACUAGUACACGUAAUUAAUUGAUCACUACUUGAGGUACCCAGGGGCUAGUCCCGACAUGCAUUUAAAAGCUAAUACAGCAUCUCUAAAGUAUAAUUGGUCUUUGACGGGUAACCAAUUUAAUGAUUUUAGUAUUGGUGUUACAUGAUCGUACUUACCCUUUUUAGCAACGAUACGCGCUGCAAAAUAUCUUUGUUAUCUUUAUCUUUAUUUAUUUCUUUCAAGGAACAAAAAGAGCGAACAUCUCAGCGUAUCACUUUGGAUCUUCAUAGUGUUGGCUUAUCCCUUGUUAAUGACGAGAAGAGCAUUGAGGUCUCCUACAUUGGAAUCAGACCGUAAGUUAGUUUUUGAUUCAUUCUUUUCUUAUUAUUCUUCUUCAGUAUCGUCGUGGAUCAGUUAAAGUGUGACAUUUUGCUGGUUUUAAGGUUGUUACCUCAAAACCAAACGGACAACUUGAGCGCGUGUCAGACGUUUUCAAAUCAAAGGAAUUUUAGGUCUGAAACGAAGCUCAACCGUGAACCAUGUUCAAGGCUCUAAAUGGCCUUUCUCCUUCCUAUCUUAGUGGUAUCAUUUCUUUCUGGAACCCAGUUUGCAAUCUUAGAAAUAAGGAAAACAAGUUUCCAAACCUUGAACAGGCUAUCUUAAACGUAGUUUUGGUUACUAGCCUCCUGCCUAAAAUAUUGAUUGUAAAACUAGGUAUACCUAUCGAUAGAGUGCCAACGAGCAAGUCAUGCGUAUUUUGCAUAGGAAUGGAUUACUUUUAUCCAACAUUUGACAGUUUGUUGGUCCCUUCCUGUUGAAAGGAUUAUUUUCUUCAAACUAAGGUACUAUGCAAGUAGAAAGGUUCGGAGAAGAGUCAGUUCUCAGACUCCAUUGGCUUUACGAACCUGCUAUUUAAAAGUUUAAAGUGUCAUUAGGCAUGUUUUUUUGAAAUUAUAAAACAGCUUGCAGAGGAAGCGAUCGGUAAUAUUUAGGGGGAAAUAUAAAAUCAAAGAAAGACUAUCGUCAACUCGUGGGUUCGUGGUUUAGAAAAUAAUCAAUUAGUUAUCACCUCUGGUUUUCCCACAGUAAAUUUUAGGGAAUGAUAGAAAUUCAGAUUAUAAAUAUACUAUCCUUGUUCUGGAAACACAAUACUUUUCUUGCUGUUUAUUGCACUUUAUUAACAGUUAUUUAGGUAUAUAUUUAAAAACAAAAAAAACAGCAAAACAAAUAAGCAAACAAAACAAAACAAAAAAGAAAAAAAAAAGGAAGAAGGGAAAAAGAAGGUUGUUAGCAGAAUUUGAACCCGGUGCCUCCGAGUAGACCAGACCUCACAUAGCCACUACGCCCAUUGAGGAUGAUCACAUGAUUUGGUGAAAAGUUUCAAAUUUAAUGCGUUUUCCAUGGAACUUCCGCCGGCAAACGUUCGAGCCAUACUUAACCGAUUGAAAAAACGACUCGAAGCAAUCGGAUGAAAUUAAGGCUAAUUGAAACCAGGCUACUGACAGUAAGAAACAAUGUAAUGGCAAUGAAACAUGGCAAUGAAAGAACAUAUGCGAUACAAAGCCGACACAACUCCUCCGCGAAGUAGGACGCAAAGCAUAAGCUUAUGUUUUCUUAUCUCGAUUUCCGUUGUCAUUUUAAAGCUAAAGCUCAAAAUCACAUCCAUUUCCCCCCGUGACCUUGGGGAGUACUUAAGAAGAAGAAGAAGAAGAAGAAGUGCCUUUAUUUACCAUGCAUUCAUUCAUACACAUAACCUACUACAAGGUAGGAGAUCAAGCCAGCGUCGAAGUUGAAGGAGUCGAAGAGCAAAUGCUCAUCUUCUCGUCAAGUUUAACGCCUGGACGAGUCAAAGGCUCUUGAAUCGUACUAAUCUGAAAGAUUCCUGCGUGUCUUAAAUUUGGUAAGACCUCUAUCCUCUAACCGUGCUGUAGCGCACGAUGCACGCUCUCAGCGAGGAAUUUGAUGCCACCGAACUUCGGCGAGCGCGUGCUUCUUUGGAAACGAUAGAUCUUCGCGCUCUCGAGUUCGGACCCGAUUAAUUACGAAGUGCGUCUACUACGAGUGAGCGAGUGACUCAUUUGCAUAUCUCUGUCCCUGCAAUAACUCGUGGUACGCUCGCGCGUACCCACGAGUUAAAAAUGAUCGUUUCUCUUACCACUACAAAAUUAGUCACGGUUCGGUUUCACUUUGUAGAUAAAUAUUUGUGCAGUUUAAUUAUUUAAGAGCGGAUGUCAGUAAAUAUCGACCAGAGGUCUACAAAAGUGAAAAAUCGAAAAUUCUCAAAAAAAUGCACAAAGUAGCACUAGGUAAGCUAUUAACAUAAAUGUAAUUUUUACUUCGAUCCGAUAAUUAUUUUCCACGUACGGGGGGAUUAUUAUUUUCGCGGCUCUCGGACCGGGUUUUCCAGGCCCGAGACCAUGUGUCACAAAAAAAUCGUUUUAAAAUUCAAAUCCAUUGUAAUGUGCACAACAAAUAACUUAUUCAGAAGAGUACUUAAUUGCACACAUUCUAAGUGGUGAUUUACUCAGCUUGAACGAAAGUGUAAUAUUUUGGAGAUUUUUCAUUAUUUUCAAUAUUUUGAACGUUUUCGUUCAAUGAAAAAAUGGCAAAUUUCAAAGCCCAAAAUCGUCGACUGGUACCUCGAUUUCAGUAACGAGUCUUAUACCACGUUAAAGAGCGUUAUCUCUUCUUUCAAAAUCUGUUUUCAAAACUACGGGCAACUUAAAAGAAAAUGUUUGAGGCCAAAAAAUACAAGUAGUACUUUUCUGAAAUUUGAGCUUUCCAGACGCGGCGGGCCGAUGCUAAAAACUUGGAAAAAUACAGUAAGAAAUCAGUUUGAGCAAUAGUGGUUUCAUGUUAUCAGCUUUCAGAAACCAAGACGUGUUUAUACAGCGAUCUGAUAUAAAUUAAUGACGUUUGCUAUCAAGAAAGGCAGAUUUAAGCUGUCAACUCCUGCCAAGUGCACCAGUCACGUGAAGUUGUCAAAGGGAGGGCAAAGCACUAAUAUUAAAAAGUCUUAAAAUUCAAAACGUUUUACGUCCAUGAAAUCAUAUUUUAGCGUAAAAAACAAUGUUGUGAAUGUCUGUUGUUCGUACCUUAGCAUGGUGUUUCCAUAUAUUGGAAAUGUCAAGUAUCCACACGGGAGAACAUACCAAACAACAACGUUUCAAAUCCAAGCGCCGACAGAUCGUAAACGGCAAAGAUUGCGUUACAUUUCACAGAACGACCGCUUACCACUGUUGUCACUCCUUUUUUCGCUGGAAGCUACGAGGAGUUUUCAUUCCGUCAUGAGUGAUUCUUGAUCAGCGUUUCCUUGAAAGUACGACCCCGGACAGGUGAUAACUGAGGACGUUUCGUCAAGACUCCUGUUGUUCAGUUUCAGGCUUUAGCAGGUGCGUAGUCAGGAUUUUUCCGAAGGUACGCCCAACUUUUUCUACAUCUUCUUCCCCCCCCCCCACCCCAAAUCUCAACAUUUUUUUAAGGUGCCUUUAUCAAAGGUGGGGUUAACGGUUGAAAGCAAAAGUAUUUUUGCUGUUUAUGAAAUGACUCAACCUCUAAAAUUCUUUAAUUCUGUCGGCUUGUUAUGUUCAUUGACGUCAACCAUUUAUCAUUAAUUCAGCUAUUAAAAAUCAAGCUUGUAGUACCUCCGACUUUAGUUUACAAAUGACUCUUUUUACCCCUUUUUGUCACAUUAUUUUUGACCGACAAAAGCACCACACAUUGACGUGAUUGUGCCCUACUUCGUCUACUCCGAAGACGGGUCGUGGAGAAAACAACGCGUUCACGCUUUACAUCAUCAAGCUUGCUAUAUAAAUAAAUCAUCCAAGGUUCGGUUCUCCAAUUAAUGUCGUCGCUUCUCUGGAAACCGAUUUUUUUUAGUUAUGUUUAUUUCAUUCUAUUUUUUUCCUCAACGUUUUCGGGUACGCACGUGCAAACCGUGCGUACAAGUAGCUACGCCCCUGUUUAGUCUCCUUAGCCCUGAGCGUUCCUCUCUUGCGGUUUUCGCGGGAGUUCAGGAUGUGGUCCACCCAGUAUUUCACGUCUCUUUUAAAUGAGAGGCAGCACUUCUUGUUUACCGUUUCGUUAUCAGACAGCGCUUAGGCUCUUAGCCUUUCAUUUAAUUUUGAUCAAAUUUUUAUCGUUUAGUUACUCAGCAUACUUUCGAUCCUGUCCUUGUAAACUUAUACUUUUAUACUUUAAGAGAGCUUAAUACCUAUAUUAAUUUUUUCUUCUUUUAGUGUCGUCCAAAAGACCCAGUUUUUUGGCAUUUUUUAAAAAAGCAAGAAACGACAAGGUUUAUUUUUUUUUUGGGCCUUUUUUUUUAUGAAAUUGACCAUCACAUUUUCCGCCAUAUUGAGUUUGUGUCGAUUUGGUGACCAUGUCUUGUUGUUUUCAGUCUCCACGGCAAUGAUGCUGGUGUUUCAGGCCUCCCUUUCUCAGAUUUCUUGUGAUUUUUUUUUUCACCCCACCGACAGACCCGCCCAAAACCAGGAAACCUAUUCGACGCUAAACGAACGAAAAGGGGAUGACCUAAGCCUUAUGGUUUCUUUUUGGGCUUCCUCACCACAUUGCUUCUGCGUGUUUCUGUAUACUUGUCUUUUGCUUUGUUUUGUUCUGUUUUGUCGGUAAAAUAAACGGAAACUGUACAAAGACCCUCAAUAUUCCCUUUGGAGGUUCUCGAACGCGCAUAAAAAAAUGAAAAACACGAUGAUUUAUUGACCGCAAGGGCAAUGGGGUGGGGUUAGGGCUCGUUACUGCACUCCGGUUCACUCGUACGCUGUCAAAUGGUCCCGAAAUACAAAAUGAAAAAUGACUGUGGACAGACUAUUCACGUCUAGACAUCAAGCAUCUUUUAAGAUGGGACUUAUCGCCUCUCCCUGUUCAUGGAGUUGAUUCAAGGUGUUGAGGUUAAUUUCGUGAUGCCCUGCAUGUUGCCAGGACAUGUUUCAAAAGGGCCUUUCCAAAGGUACGGAGUUCGCCGUUACCUUGUCAACCGUGCGAGAAAUGAUGUACUUCACAAAAACAAAGAGAAGUUAUUUUCGAUUUGCCCCGCCCCCUACCCCCGAAAGUCCCAGACAGGACCGCUUCAAAGUACUCCCCAUGUGGUUGCGCGGGGGAUAGUAACAGGUCUACCUAAUUGCACCGUACAUCAAUGACAGUUUAGCUCAAUCAGAAGCCCCUUUUCCUGGCUACUUCAAGGUGUAUGCACCUCCUUUAAGCUGUUGUUUUCGGUUCUUACUGAAAUUUUUGAUCUUGAGGAAAUUCAAAACGACAGGAGCAGGUUAUGGGCUUUUUUCCUAGCCCUAAUCCUACAUCACGGGAAAUCCCUCAGGUUAGGAAAGAAUUCGAUAAUCCUUCCAUAAUCAUCCAUUUUUUCAUCGCGUGAAUUGGGUAUUUUUAGCUUAUUUCGAGGAAAUACUUUUUGCUUCAAAUCCAGGGUGGGCUUUUAAACACAUUUUUUAAGCCAAAUGGUUUUGCGAGAAUCUGCUUACCCGAACUUUUCGCAUAAAAAAAGACACAUACCCGAAAAAAGCUCAUGUUGUUGUUGGUGGUGGCAUAUUUCCGAUAAAUUCAGCUCAAUGUCUCGUGAAGAAGAGUUCAGACCCGUGCCGCGCGCCUCUCGAGGCAAGCGUUCCGUCGAAAUGCGAGCCCAAAAACAGUUGGUAAGCGGUCAAUCUGUGAAAAGUAACGCAAUCUCCGUCGUUUGAGAGAAGCCGAAGAUGCUCUUGCCGAUGCUGUCCUUGAUGUUUUUUAUUUCCAGUAUCUAGGAAACCCAUGCUAAGGUAUGAAACAUACACUCGUAGGCAAUUUCUGUCCGCUAAAGUCUAAUUCCUGGACGCAGAAACGUUGUGCUUUUUGAAGUUUAUUAUUUUGCUUUGCCCUUUGACAACCUUACGUCACUCGUGCGUUUGGUAGCAGAAGAUGGCUAAACUCUGCUUUUCUUGUUGGAAAACGGCUUUAAAUUUUAUCAGAUCGCUCGAUAAACACGUGUUAGUUCUGAUAGCUGAUAACGUUAAAUCACUAUUGCUCAAACUGAUUUCUUAUUGCAUUUUUCUGAGUUUUUAGCAUCGACCCGCUGAGUCUGGAAAGCUCAAAUUUCAGAAAAGUACCACUAGUAUUUUUUGGCCUCAAACAUUUUCUUUUAAGUUGCCCGUAGUUUUGAAAACAGAUUUUGAAAGAAGAGAUAACGCUCUUUAACGUGGUAUAAGACUCGUUACUGAAAUCGAGGUACCAGUCGACGAUUUUGGGCUUUGAAAUUUGCCAUUUUUUCAUUGAACGAAAACGUUCAAAAUAUUGAAAAUAAUGAAAAAUCUCCAAAAUAUUACACUUUCGUUCAAACUGAGUAAAUCACCACUUAGAAUGUGUGCAAUUAAGUACUCUUCUGAAUAAGUUAUUUGUUGUGCACAUUACAAUGGAUUUGAAUUUUAAAACGAGUUUUUGUGACACAUGGUCUCGGGCCUGGAAAACCCGGUCCGAGAGCCGCGAAACCAAUAACCCCCCCGUACGUGGAAAAUAAUUAUCGGAUCGAAGUAAAAAUUACAUUUAUGUUAAUAGCUUACCUAGUGCUACUUUGUGAAUUUUUUAGAGAAUUUUCGAUUUUUCACUUUUGUAGACCUCUGGUCGAUAUUUACUGACAUCCGCUCUUAAACCUCCUCUGAAAUUUCCCGAGGCUUUUUGUCUCCCGAUUGAAUUUUAGAAUGAUUCGCUGCGCUGCUUGAAAUAUUUUCAAGGACAUGCGAUGUACGACAUGUACGGCACGUCGGUAUUUUGUUUUCACUUUAUCAUAAACUCGGCCAGGUUUCGAAAAAAAUAGCGUUGUUUUCUUUUCCUUUGUCGUUCGCUUUAGGCUUGUAAUUCUUUUUUAUUCUUACUUUUCCAUUUGCUGGUUAGAUUUUUUCCCCAACAUCAGAUUUUCCAACAGAAGCGACUAUAUAUUCUUCGUAUCAAGGGGCGCUUUCCAUUUAGUCAAAAUUUCCGGAAUUUCCGGUUCGGCGGUAAAUGGAACACGUUUCGUCGGUUCGUCCCACUGGAAAAUUCCCAGAAAAAGUGGAAAAUCUAAAAAGGUGGUCCCGUUUUCCCGGUUGGAAUUUCCGAACGGAAUGUCGUGUUCCAUUGACGUUUCUUGUAGUUUGUACCAUUUCCAAGUCCACGGUCGGGCACCCGGCCACGUACCGGGGUUAACGACCAAAUGGAACAACUUUUUACCAAUCGGAAAUUCCACUUUUGCUACCACCGGAAUUUCCGGGUUUUUUUCGUAAAUGGAAAGCGCCCAAGCUUUCCUUAUCUCUUCGUGUAAUCUGAUCCUUCUUAGUGGUGAGAAUUGCUUGUUUCACAUGGAAAACUUUUCUUUGCUUAAACUGUUGUUUUACAAGCUUCUCUUCGUUAAAACCUUACAUUAAUUCCCCCCAACACUGAUACAAUGCAUCAAGUUUUCAUUUUCCUUGACUACCGGGGCCAGAUUUAGGUGAAUAAACAAUAAAAGCGUACCACACUCAAGUUCAGUCUUCGCGUGACGCCGAGGAAAGAACACAUGUGUGCCAAGUAUAGUUUACCGCCUUUUGAUUGGCACUUGGUCUCAGGGGAAUCUACAUUACAUGAGGUUACACUUUUUGAAGCUCGAUCGAGAAUUUUUUUGCCUACAGCCCAGUCUUGCGCGGCUCUAUUCUGCUCCCCCCUCGCCAUCCGAGCGUCUUCGCUCGCAUGGCUCGUUGGCAAUUAGCCAGCAUUUUAAACUAGGUAUACCUAUCGAUAGAGUGCCAACGAGCAAAUCAUGCGUAUUUUGCUUAGGAAUAAAAUUCCUUUUUUCCCAUUUGUUCGUUUCUUGGUCCCUUCCUGUUGCAAGUAUUAUUUUCUUGAAAAGUUCUCAGAUUCAGUCUGGUGGCUUUACAAACCUGCUAUGUAGAAGUGCCUUGAAAGAAUAAAGUCAGCUUUGCAGAGGAAGCGAUCGGGAAUAUUAUUAAGUCCAGCUACAAAUCUACUGUCGGUUCGGUUUCACAUUGUUGAUAAAUAUUUGCACAGUUUAAUCAUUUAAACCUCCUUUCAAAUUUCCCGAGGCUUUUUGUUAUCGGAUUGAAACUUAGGAUGAUUCGUUGGGCCAUCUGAAAUGUUUCCAUGGACAUGCGAUGUACGGCAGGUCGGUAUUUAAUUUUAGUUCAUUAUUUUUAUACUGAACUCGGCCACGUUUCGAAAAAAAUAGCGUUGUUUUCUUUUCAUUUGUCGUUCGCUUUAGGCUUGUAAUUCGUUUUUGUUCUCAUUGUUUUUGUUUGCUGGUUAGAUUUUUUCCCCAACACCAGAUUUUCCAACAGAAGCGACUGCAUUCUUCGUGUCAAGCUUUCCUUAUCUCCUCGUGUAAUCUGAUCCUUUUUAGUGGUGAGAAUAAUAUCGCUUGCUGCACAUAGAACACUUUUGCUGUUUUACAAACUUCUCUUCGUUAAAACUUAACAUUAUGGCCCCUAAAAUUAAUAGAAUAUAUCAAGUUCUGAUGUCUCUUGACUGCGGUGGCCGGGUUUGACGAAAAAAUUUGGGUAAAUAAACACGGGAAGUCGCGACGGCGGGAAGUGUGUGAAAUUUUGUUUGUUAUUCAACUUGAGCCCGUGCGCCAGGUACUGCCUUUUAAUUGGUUCACAACUGACCACUUGGUCUCAGGGGAAUCUACAUUACAUUAGGUUACACUUUUUUCAGCUCGAUCGAGAAUUUUUCUGCCUAUUGCCCAGUCUUGCGCGGCUCUAUUCUGCUGCCGCCUCGCCAUCCGAGCGUCUUCGCUUGGAUGGCUCGUUGGGAAUGAGCAGGCUUACACGUAGGAUCAAGGAAACUAGUAAUUUUAAUUAUACUAUUGUAAUACAUACUGGUGAUUUUACCGUGUCAAAACAUGCGUUACGUAUGUAGGUAGGUAGGUCUACUUUAAGGGGCGAUCCCGCACCUAUUUGAAAGAUUGUUUUUUGAUUAGCUGGAAAAAAAAUAGGGAUUGUCACAUGAUAAUGCCUCUAUCCCUGAAAACAAUGGAGAGCAGAUUAAAGGGGACCAGUGAAAUAAGAGCUUUAGAACGGUGCAGGUCUACUGACUUUAAGUGGAAUACAGCACCCUCACCCCACCACCCCCUGUCCCCCACCCCACCCCACUGAGCAUGAGCUGAGAAACGCCCGGUCUCUUUGAAGAGAGCUUUAAGUGCUCUUUAAGUUCAAAAGGAUGUGAUGUUAAUGACGAGGUGUCAUAUAACAGGGGUGUUGUCUGAGAUCAGCUACCAUUGUUUUGUGCCUUGAUAAACACCUUUGGGAGCAGACGAAUACUGAAUUGUAGACUAUGAAUAUAGGAGUGAUGUUAUCUGGGAGGAGCAGAAGAAAAAAGGAAGGUGGAAGGCCCUGAAAAUGCGGCUCUGUGAUGAGCUGGAAGCCGCUUGGACAAAAAUAAGACAGGAUGAGGCCGUGGGAGCUUCGGCUAGUUGCACCUUCAAAAGUGGAGACCUGGAGGUAACUAACAAUGAUAUUGAGACAAAAGCCUGGUUUCGAUAAAAUCGCUUCACAAAAAUUGACUUCACACAGUUAUAUUGAUCUGUAAAUAGUUUUAUCAUUAUUAUUAUUAUUAUUAUUAUUAUUAUUAUUAUUAUUAUUAUUAUUAUUGAACUGUACAUAGCUUUAUUUUAUUUUAUGACUGACAUAUUCUCAGAUUUUUUUUACUGCAGAUAGAUAUUUGAUACUGUAUCUUAGUGUUUUUGUUUUCCUGUUUUCGUUAUUUUUGCUUGUGGCAAUACCUGUAAAAUAGCAAUGCUUGCAAUACUGUAAUGAGUUAAGUGUACUAGACCACAUUCAAUAAAAAAGGUUACUUACUUACUUAUCGUCCGAAUGGCGUGUUCGCCUCUUAGGCUAUGUUUACACUACACCCGACACGAAAAUCUAUCGGGUAUAGUAUGAACACCUAUACGAUUAGUGGCUCUCUACUUUAGAGAUCGGCGCGGCGAAGAUUCGCUCCGUUACAGAGUUCGCGCCGAAAUUACCGUUCUUAUGUGUGAACAGAAGCCCUAUCCGGUAGGGUUUUUGAGUCGGCGCAAAAGCUAUCCGGUAUAGUGUGAACAGAGCCUUAAUCUUUUUGGGAUCACUUGGACGCUCGAGACCAUCCGGACGUUCAUGGAGGAACUGGUCUAAAUAUGGACUUCAUUCUAUGUUCCAAAUAGACUUCUAUAGUAUACAACUAUUCCCUGAAGGGGAGGGUGUAAUAGUGGAUAGAUACCGAGGAGCGAAGCGUCAAGGUGUAUUUCUAGUGCUAUGUACUAACUCUGAGGGGGAUAGUUGUUUUAUUAUUUACCAAAGUAGUCGGAUAAAAAUUUACAAAGUUUUUUUUUAAAAAAUGAAAUACGUCCCUUAGUAAGAGCCUUGUUGACGAAAGUUGUUUUGCUCUGCUUUGGGCCUCAUGGCUUGUGUACUCCUUAUAUAACCUUUUAUCUUCACCCUCUUAAUCAAAUCUCUCCCCUCUUUGCAUAUUUCUAGGUUGACUUUCAUUUGAUGGAGAUUAUACGACCCUCCCGUCGGCCCAUCAGACGUUCAUUCACCCCAGGGGUAUCCCUUGAAUACGCAGCGUCGCCGAAUGAACUGGAAUUUUUUGCCAAAAUUAACUCGGUUCAGGUGUGUAAAGACAGCAGAAGAGGGUUGUAAAAUAGUGACUUUCCUAAUACUUGUAUAUUGAAAUCACGCCAUUUUUUGUUAAGUGCGCGUAAAGAGAAUCCUAGACUUCCUGUCAGUCGAUCUCUCAAUGCGGUCACGCAACCAAUAAGAUUAAAGAACAUGUGAAAAAGUAUGAGAGAAUCCAGGAACUGAGAAAUGUAAAGACUAAAAAUUAAAUACUCUCGGAAUUUGUUUUCGAUCUGAGGAGGAGCAAUCCAAUUAUUUUAUUCCCCUCAUGUAACCACUUGUUAACAGUGAUCUAAGAUUGUGGAUAAAACGCACAAAAUUAUUUGUAACUUCAGCUUGACCUUAGAAGGCAGUAGAAUCUUUUUUCAAAAUGUCUUACAGUUUUUCCUUUCCGUCCCCAACCCAUGCAUUGUCGUAACUCAGUAAAAAUCGCCAGUACACUCCUGGUAUACGUGUUUAGCGUUGUAUGUGGGGUGGAGGAAGGAGCUGAGCCUUUGUGUAGUUUCAUUUGCAUGUGUUUUGCGUUCGUGAGAAAAACUCCUCGAAUGCAAAAUUGUGCCAGGAUGGGUCACACUCGAGCGAAUUCGGUUUAUUUUUUUGUGUCACCGUUUGAGCUUUUCCUAAUGGGACCCCUUCGACCAACAACGCCAAAGGAUCUGGGUGGGGCAGGUAGAUUGUUUAAGAUAACCCACAGAAGAUAAAACUUUUUAUUGAAAAUGCCAGUUGCGGGUUAAUUAAAGAAACUGAUACAUCGCUACAUUUCAUCAUUGUUUACAUAGGCGUUUUUUGUCUACGCAAGAAUUUAACCUCAACUUUUACCUUAAUGUCAAAAACCAGAGUAAUUGGCCAGUGUCAGUUUUGGGUGUGAUCGGACCGACACUCCUAAAUAAUUCGCUCUAGUGUCACCGCCAACCUCCCGUCCUCGAGGACAUGAUUUACAUAACUGGGCGUUGAUGAUACUAAUGCUGAUGCAAUGGCGGAUCCAGACCUUCAGAUUAGGGGGGGGGGGGGGGGGGGGGGGAGGUGUCAUCCAGACCUUCACCUUGAGAUAGGGGGGGCCGUCUCAAAAAAAACAUUUUUCGGCCCUUCGGGCCUCAGUUUGGUCUAAAUAUAAGGGGGCGGGCCCCCGGGCCCCUCCCCUGGAUACGCUAGUGCUAAUGUUUGUUGCCCAUCUACAGAUUGACAGCCAGGUACCAGAUGCCACAUUCCAAACUGUUCUAUAUCCUGUACCGCCUCCGAAAUCUCUGGCUGCGGAAAAUGGUAAGGGUAGACUUUAAUCUUUGAAAGAGUUCACAAAAGGUUUUAAGGUGUUUAGUAUGUAGUCCUCCUAACAGUACUGUAGUACUGUUGGGUCAUUUCAAAGUAGCUGAAAGAAAUAAUGUUUGCUGCUAUUUGUUGUGAUGUUCAUUUCUCAUUUAUUGUAGCACCAAAGCCCUACAUUGAAUUGAGCCUGAGAACUAAACAGGAAGAGCAUUCUCACGUGCAGAAAAUCAAGUAAGUCUUUGUAAUGGAGGCUCGUGUUGUGGUUUGGCAUUGUAUACUGCUAUUUAUUCUAUGCUGUGAAUAAUACACCCAAUCAGUUUGCUGGAAAGCCGUUGCAUUUUUUGCUGCAUACCUCAGGUUGCAAUCAAUGAUAAUUGUUCGGGGGCGAAUCGAAAAAUUAAGAGUAAAAACACUUCUGGGAUAUUCCACAGUGAACCAUUCAAAAGCGGCGCUGCAUAACGUACGAUUCCCCUCUGUCCCUUUACCAAUAGAGCGUUUUCACUUGGCGUCCCAGCGGUCAUAUUGGUGUUCCAAAACAAUGAAAGGGCGGCCAUGUUGGUGUACCAAGACAACCUUGAGGGAGUUGAACUCUUUCCUUAUGUAAAUGCUUUCUUUUGUUCCAAUAAAUUAGCAUAGAUGCUGGCUACGUGAGUGAAAACGCUCUCUACGUCAUGUAAUAGAAGCAGUAUUAGGCAGCUUAAGCAAAGACGUUUCUGAGCGAUGCACGUUAACCGGAAGUGAGGCCUUCUCCCUUUUUAUAUGUCAAUUUCCGGUUGACGUUCGUCCCUCAAAAACGCUGUUGCGUAAGCUCCCUAUUAAUUUGCCCAAUUCAUUUAUGUUUCCCAUACCAGGUACUUCAAGGUUCUCAUUCAAGAGAUGGAUGUCAAGGUUGAUAUGGGCUUUCUUAUGGCACUCAUGGGACUCUUUUCUUCGGACGCAAUCGAUCGGAGCCAAGAGGUGAGCGUGUAGUGAGAGAUAGUUCCAAGCUGCCUGCUUAUCCCACUGUUUUUUUUUUUAUGGGGGGGGGGGGGGGCAUUUCCAUUUACAUUGCUUCGACAGUUGUCGUGAGGUUGAUUAUCCUAGCUUUUGUUUUGACGACUCCUAUCGCAUGGUCGUCCAUUUAUUGCUAGUACUUUCGCACGGCUUUUGGGAUUUGCGUUUAUUCCUUUUUUUCGUCAAUUUUAACCAAACACAAGAAAUUGUUUUUUUGCGGAUAUCCAAGCCGUUAUCCCAGCUCUGGGAGGGAGCUGAAAAGAAAGACGAAGCUUUUUUUAUUAACUUAGAGGUGCUUGAAUACCCCAUGAAGCACUCCGAGUAUGUUGAAGUAGUAAAGCAAGAAAAAGAUUCGUAAGAUUUUGUUGUAAUUUUGAUCAGGUGGUGUGCAUGUCAUUUGAGAAGGAGAAGUCUUAUUUGAUCACGUCACUAAUACGCUCGUACGCCACUCGGUUUGUUGUACACGAUACGAUACGAGUUGCAGGCUCGUCAUAACCACAUCUUGGGCUACAAAAUGCCCCUUUAAAAGUAACUCCAUUUUCUCAGAGUUUUUUUGUUUGUUUGCUUGUUUUAGUUUUGUUUCUUUACUUAUUUUUGUAUCGUGUGAAAUCCGUUAAGCUGUAAAAGUAUGGGGUGUUUUUAUAAACGAAAUGCUGGAUAGAUUAAUGUAAGGUAAUGGAAAUGAUUAAUUAAUGGCAAAAGCCGUCUGUGAAUAUCUUUUACAUCUAACGACGUUUUGUUUGCUUUUCAGGCUACUCAGUAUUCAUUAGACAAAACGCGUGUCCAUGACAAGUUAGGAGAAGCUUUCGCUGCACAGGUGUGUAUUGUUGUAUGUGCAAAAUCAGUGAGAGUUAAAAAUAUCGUUUGACGUCAACGAACUAGCCCGAACCAGUUCUCGCAGCCGAUUCUUAUACCCUCAGGUUUCAUCGUUCUCUAUCAUAUUAGUAGAGGAGCUUCUGAUAAUUUAAAUAAACAAGGCCUUUAUCCCAUUAGGAGCACUUUUAAUGGGAAAAUGAGGAAAACUUGUUCGGGCCUUUUCUAAACACUUCUAAGGGAUCUACCUUCUCAAGGCCUCACCAAAGCCAUGCUCACCUCAUCAUAGUCAACUGUGCGGUCAUCUUUUUUUUUGCCAUGAGAAUUUCAGUGCAUACCUCUGCCUAUUUUUUUAUUUUUCUUCUUGUUUCACAAAGGCACACAGCAUUCAUCCCUUGAAAUCGGUGUCUUAUGUAUUAUGAAAACCAGUUAUCCUUGUAAAAAUAUGAAUAACAUUAUCCCAUAGCCUUUUCGAAGUAUUCGUGCUUGCUUUGGUUUCAGGCCGGCUUGAGCGAUGGAAGAAAUUUCUUCGACUAUUUCCACUUGUCACCUCUGAAGGUCAGUUAAGUUUUUUCUACGAUCUUUUUUUAUGGUAUUCACAAUAUCCACUGCAAAUAAGUCGUUCAUGUUUGUUUUCGUAAAUAAACUUCUCUCAUUCUUACCCUUCGUUAAACUUAAAAUGAAGGUACCAGCAAGUCCUUGGUCCAUUGUUUAGAACUUUCACUAUCUAGUUUAGGAUAUUUUUGGAUACUUUUGGAACCCGUGCGUUGUUGCUAGGAAAUAUCGUCAUUUUGAAGACCCUGGUUAAUGCAUGCUGCAAGUGUUCUAGUGGACUAAAUGAAAUGCCCACCACACAAAUUUUCACUGUAUAGAUGUAAAUGCUGUUAUUGUGAAUGUAGGAAUUUGUCUAGUAGUCUUAGUACUUUGCUAAUGCGGCAAAUGUCCUAAUGCUGUGGUCAAAAUCCAGUCUGAGAAUGCAAAGUAAAUUAUUGCCUGUCAACGACCUCUUUCAAACUUGCACUGCGCUGCUUUCUCAGGAACGAACUUCGUCCCUUUUCCCGUUGUUAAUUCGCAGGUUCAUGUGAGUUUCUCUCAGCUGGGUGGAGCCGCUGCAGGUGAUGAUAAGUCACAGACUCAUAUUGGGAACAGCUUUCUGAGUCUGUUGUUACAAAGCGUGGGUGUAGCAGUCACUGAGGUGCAAGAUGUGGAGUUUAAGUGAGCAACUUAAAUCUCUUUACCCUAUUUUAAAUAGAAAAGGUCAUUAAAUUAUACAGAGCCUGCGGGGCCGGCGGUAUCGCUAGCGUGUGCAAAGUUUUUGCAGAGGAGCUUCGAAGCCGUGCGGAGAAUGGGGAGGAGACGCCGAGACGCUUUGGAAUUUUCUCGUGCUUUUGGCGCUCGCUUCUCGCCGCUUCGCCGCCAGAACUCUCAGACGCGCAAAAACAAUUCCGCUAGUCACACAGGCUAUCAAAAAAGAGUUAUCAGUUGUCUCUUGAAGCAGUCACCGUGAAUUUAGAUCGCGACGUUCUGUUGUUACUGCAAGUGGUCUUUAGGCAAUGAGGUCGUUGAAUGAUGACGCUUUGUCUUUUGUAGGCCCAAAGGGUCGCCCUUGAUUGGUGCAUCUCAAUCCUCAUCGUGUUUGCGAGAUAAAAAGUUGCCCCUUGGCGCUCCGCCAAUAUAGUAUUUUCCUCUCGUGUUUUUCAAGUAAUAUAUCAAACAUGAGAUGCAGUGUUUCAUCCCCAGAUGAAACACCGAGAAGAGAGUUGAAAAUACGACGCGCAGCGGAGUAUUUUUGACGAAUUUCGAGGUGUUUCAUCUGGUGAUGAAACACUGUGUCGAAUGUUUGAUAUUUCUUCUCAAACAAAAUCAUUUUUGAAGGAGAAAUUAAGGAUGCAAAUACUAAGCAGUGUUUCAUCCGAUUUCCAAACACUCAUUAAACAUUAAUUUCCUUUGUAUUUUCUUAAUGAAUUAUUAAUGAGUUUGAGAACCGUAGAUACACACCCAUCAGGAAUUUCUUCACAGCUUUGGGCACAGAGUUAUGGUUUACUUGCGAAUUGUCUAUUUUGUGUAAUUCUUCCAAUUACUUUAUUAUCAUCAUCUUUAUCUCGAUUAGGUUGGUAAUAGCCGGCUAGGCAACACACCAACCACUUACAAAAUAAAAAAUGUAAAAAUUACGUGCAACAAUUAGUGGAAUAAAGAAUAAAAAAAUCGGUUAAAGUAGUUCUUGAAUUCUUCAUGAGACGAAUUGAGACAAAACUUAACAUUAGUAUUAUAACAGGGACUGAAUUAUCUUUUUUUUUUUAAAUUUAGUUAGCUUUUGUGUGAAAUAGAUGAGCUUUUCCCCUAAACCACUUUUUCACAUGCUUUUUUUCCAUAUUUAUUCGGUCUACAACUAUUGAAAGUAGGCUGUCGAUUAUUUAAGGGAAUUUUAAAUGUGCUUUGCAUUUUUAGGCUUGCGUAUUUUGAAAUAGAAGACAAAGUUUACACUCAACAGCAGUUGAUCCAAGUGGCUGUUAAACAUUACACCAGUCAGGUAACUUUUAGGGUUGCUUUAUCCCCACUUUUAACACCGACAGUUCAGUUUUGUUUUGUUGUCAAAAUUUUCAGUAACCUCAAAUGUUGUGACCGUUGUUAUUAGGCAUUGAAGCAGAUGUACGUAUUGGUACUAGGACUGGAUGUUUUGGGAAAUCCAUUUGGUUUGAUCACAGGUCUCAAAGAAGGGGCCAUCGACUUCUUUUACGAACCCUACCAGGUAAGAUGUGCCCCGUUCCCAGAGUUCGUUCAGCAGGGAGAAGUUUGAAAGAACCCUGGAAACGAGGUUGGGGUCGAGGAAGUACAGACCUUUAGAUUCUGAGACGAGAACGAGUACGAAUUCCCAAUACUGAGUAUUGCUCACGCGUGAACCAGCGUCAUUUUGGAGGGAAAACGUGAUAGCCGACGUCAUUCUACUACGAGUUUUAGCGAGAAUGUCGUGGCGGCAGGAACAAGAAGUUAUCAAAUGUGAGAAGUACUAUCAUUUUGCUACGGGAGAGGGCUUAACCUCCUUCAGUAUAAAUAACUGUACUAACUUUUUUGUUGGGAAAACAGUAAAAUGAAGCUUCCCGGGGUGUCUUUUAUUGAGAACACGCGUAAAAAAAACUUGAAGUCAAAUCGCGUACUCGUACUAGAUACUCGUUCUCGUCCUCAAAUCUAAAGCUCUCUAAUUUUAAGCGUUACACAGCUCAGCCCUGGAAGUCUGUUGACUGGUUGCUUAUUAUGCUCUGUAGGGUCUUAUUCAAGGUCCUGGUGAAUUUGCAGAAGGCCUGGCGAUUGGCGCCAGGAGUCUCUUUGGACACACCGUAGGUACGUCUACUAUAGCUACAAUUUACGAGCUAAAAGGUCCAGUAGACAUGCACCGUUCUAAACCUCUUAUUUCACUGGUCCCCUUUAAUCUGCACUUCCAUUGUUUUCAGGGAUAGGGGCAUUGUUAUGUGACAAUGGCUAUUGUUUUCCCAGCUAAUCAAAACAAAUCUUUCAAAUAUGUGCGGGAUCGCCCAAAACGUCUGCAAGGCUUAUAAAUAGAGAGUAGGGAGCUUAAGUAAAAGCGUUUUUGAACGAAGCACGUCAACCGAAAGUGGACCUUUUUGCUUUCUUGGGCAGAUUUUUUGCCCAAAUUUCUGGGCAUUUCGUCUCAAUAAGAGAAAAGACAGUGGCGUCAAGACGUGUUAAAAGGGAGAACGAAUCGCUUCCGGUUGACUUGCGUCGCUCAACUAACACCUUUGUUUAAGCUCCCUAAGUUUUCGUGAGAAACGUUUGCAAGACAGAGGUUAAUCCCGAGAACAUCUUCCAUCAUUUUCCUUACCACACUAAACGUGUUUGUUGUGUUUAUUUAACGGGAGAAUCUGUGUUGUAGGUGUUACCACCUAUAAAGUUGUUGCCCUGUGGCAAGAAAAGGUUACAGGUCGACAUGUAUUGGUCGGAAAUAGCAAGGGUUAAGGGCUUGAAACGUUAGCUCUCGGUCCACAAUGCAGGCUUAUUUUUGGGCGAGCGAAAGCUACUUGUUUAUCGUCGAAUUUACGUGGUCGCCAUCUUUGAUUUUAUCACUGUGGAAGACUUGGGAGAGUACAAAUAGUAGCCCUUGGGGCAGGGGUUUGGGAGAGAUCGAGGAGUUGGAGGGGCGGGGGCGGGGGGUGGUGAAAACAAAAAGAAAAAAGUGACUCUCUUAACUCUUUGAUAUUCUACAUGGCGUUUACGUCAGCAGAAAUAUUCGCCCACCCGAAGAAAACGCCUGUAACGUAGGCUAAUUAGCAACUCCAAUAAUAAACCCAGAUUUCCUCCUUUUACUUCCUGUUUGACCCAGCAUCAGGGGGUAGUUUUUAGAAAGUAAACUUCCGCUUUUAUUUGUUAUUAGGUGGUGCAGCUGGCGCAGUCUCGCGCAUUACUGGUACGUUGGGAAAAGGUAUCGCAGCACUGACAAUGGACGACAAAUACCAACAGGAGAGGAGACAGGCUAUGGGAAAGAAGCCUGUCAAUGUCAAGGAAGGACUUACCAGGGGUGGCAAGGGACUGCUCGAGGUAGAACUUUUACCAAAUGUUGUUAUAUCCAAGUUCGCUGGUAAUAUCGUACUCUUUGUUUGAUAGUUAUUGCAUUGCUAUCACAGUAAAAGAGAGGAGACUAUUCUGCGACUAUCUGAAAUUGUUUGUCUUGAUCCAUCUGUGUAUAGUGAAAGAGAUGGCCAAGUAGGCGAAAUCUGAGAUACGGAAGAUUCAUCCUCCCAGACUCCCAUCUGUCGCUCACUCUUUUCAGCACCUUUCUGUUACCCCAUUUCUGAUCACGUCAUGGUGCUUUAGGCAGUAGCGUCUUUGAAAUUUGGUCAUCUCGAGAUUUAAGUGGAGUAGACAGUUAGCAUUAAUUUCAAAAUGUGGAUUGUCAUAGUCGCUGUUUUGAAGUUGUUAGCAAGGUGAUUAAAAGGGGAGGGGUGGCCCCCUCUUUGCCCUGAAAAUUGACUUUAAAUUUUAAAACAUUAUUAUUAAAAUUAGUUUUCUAGAGCCUAGUGUUUCCAUACAGAUGCUCUCAGAAUAUUUUUGACGCCAUUUGAAAGACCUAUAUAGCUACCAAAUCUCUCGGUCCCCUCUUUAGUGAAUUUUUUGGAUCCGCGCCUGGCUAUUUUACCAGUAACAUAAUGAGAAAUGUAGUCUUAUAUAUUUACAGACAUUUGACUCAGAUGUAGAGUAGUUAAAAUGUGAUUAAACUCAUUUUAAUUGGGAGAGGAAGGGACGUAAUUACGUUAUCACUCAUCCACGUUUUCUCUCCUUCUUGAAAGAAAUCGCAUGAGUUAAACAGCACAUCUGCCUUAGACGUUCGUUUCCACUCUGGCCGAGGAUGCUUUGUUGUAUAACUCACCAACUGUGUUUUUGUUGUGAUUGCAGGGUGUUGUAGGCGGUGUGACGGGCAUAGUCACCAAACCAAUGGAAGGUCAGUAGAUCCUAAUGAAAGAAUAAUCAUCUUGUUUAUUGAGGCUUUUUUUGUCAGUGCUAUGUAACUUGAAGGGUAACUGUCAACCGUCAACUGUCAACAAAUACCAUAGGAAAAUGUGUUGGCCAGAGAGUUUUCAGCACGGUUAAAACAACAAUUGAACCUCCCGGUUUUCUUGAAUUCUCACAGGGGAAAAUUAGGAAUUUGCGGGAUGUUUUUAGUGCAAGUGAAACGGAUGGAGAAUACCAAAUCUUCUAGGAUUUGCCGUUUUAUAAGAUUACUGGUAAAUGAGGCUUUCUUGCCAUGGAUCAUGUCUUUUUUGAGCGAUACGUGUCGAGAAAGGGGUAAUUAGUAGGUAGCUCUACGCUGAAUGGAAACGUAAACUGUGAAAACAAAUGUACGUCAACUUAACAUUUCAAGUCCAUUUCCUUUUUCAUUUGAAGAAAGAAAUACCUUUUGCUUUUAAAUUUUCCCAGGUUCCCCAUUUUGAAUAAUUAACACGCCUUUCGGUUAGUGGACAUUUUCAAGUGGCGGGUGAGACUGGGACUUUUUUAGAAAGCUAUCGCUUCUUUCAUUGGCUGUUACUUGCCUAGUCCCUGUGCGGGGUCUUCCCAUGCCUUCGCGGUCAAUGCAUUUCGGUGACGUAUCCGAGACGAACGGCCGGGAGACAAAAACUCGCACGGACCGCGUGAAAUGCAUUGGCUGUGCGCAAUAAUGAGGCCUAGGGACUAGGCGUACGGGUUUCUGACGGCUAUGCAAUGCUGAUGAGCCCCAUUGAGGGCGAAACAGCUGUCCAUGGCUGCCACUGCCGGAGUGCUCUGGUUUUACGCGCGGCUAAGGUACUGGCCUAACCGCGGAGUUUCGUAGUGCGUAAGUCCUCGCUCAGUAACCCUAAAAUUUGCUCAGUGUUGUAUUCCUGACAGUAGAUAAUUUGUUGGGGGAUGGGGUGUGGGAUACAUCGACUCCGUUCUUUUCGUUAAGUGUUUUGUUGAAGUGUUUAUGUUUUCUCCAGGUGCAAAGGAGGCCGGUGCGGCUGGAUUUUUCAAGGGACUGGGUAAGGGUGUAGUAGGAGUGCUGGCUCGUCCAGCGGGAGGAAUUGUGGACUUCGCAAGUAGCACGCUGGAAGGAAUUAAAGGGUGAGUCCUUAGCUCAAAAUUUAUAUAUAUAUUUUUGGACAGACUGGCAUAUGUUUCUUUUCAACUUAGUUAUCAGGAUCCGAGAGUGUGCAGCUCAUUGUGACAGUACCUUUGGGCAUACUUCUCAUCGUCUACUUUUUAACUGCCAUGGUUUUGCAGGGUUGUCACUAAGAUUUCAAGUUGCCGAGUAAAUACAACAAGUAGACGGGGAAUCAAACAGCUAGGAAUUUCUUUCGGUUCUAUUUUUCUUUCAUUUUCCUUUGAAAGUAGCCGGGGAAGACGUUCAUAGUAGCUGGGUGAAAUCCCCUGCCCCCGCCUCUUAAUGGCAGCCCUGGUUUUGAUUUGUUCACUGUAGUAAAAGAACAAGAGUACAAAACAGCUUCUGCUUCUCCCAUUUGUACCCUCUUUUGAGUGACAAAGUCCAGCCUGUUCUUCUUCCAGGCAAGGUUUUAGCCAGAAGGGUGUCCAGCCGUCCUAUGGACGCCCAUUUUUGGAGUACAUAAAAGGAAAAUUCACUUAAUCUCUUAUAAUUUUAUGACAAAACAUGCCUUCUGGACGGUCAGUUUUCAAUGUCUGGCUAAAAGCCUGCUUCCAGGUUACCUUUUCUACUAAGAGACUACAAUACCCGCUUAGUAUUAUUUGGCUGAAUCUGCGAACGGACAAGAUGAAGGGAAUCCAGUGUUCUCAUUGGCUAUCCGAGCAGGAAACUGCCCUCCUACCCCUCUCAUAAGCCAAAAUUUUGCCCUAAGUGAGAAGUGAGUGUUAAUGUUGGUUUAAGGGAGGGGGGUAGGUGGGCAGUUUCCAAGACACGUAUAAUGAUCCGAUAGGCCCAUCUUGCCUGCUCGGGACUUCCCGCGUUUGUCCCGCGUGAAAAAAUUCUCUUGUGGCCAUAUUUACGACCAAGUUCGUUUUUACGACCAAGUUCGUUUUUGCGUUUUUCCCCACAACAAUCUUAAUUUUCGAGCAAGGUGGGUCCAGCUAAGGCCUAACACUGCUGGCGGGGGAGGGACUGGCGAGAUAACGGGAUGAAAGAGAAGCCGAUCAAAAUUUUUUAUCAGGAGUAGAGUCUAACGAAAUAACUAAACUAAAAAAGAUUUCCCUUGUUGUCCCAAGAUCUUUUGACUUCCAUUGUUGUUUAGUGGAAAUUUUUUUAUUCGUUGUUGCAGUUCUGCCAGCACAGGGAGUGAAGUACGCCGACUCAGACCACCAAGAUGCUUUUACGCUGAUAAGGUAAGCAGAAUUAUCCUAGUUUAUUUGCCUUUUAAAAGGGUUAUGUCACGACGAUAUUGCUGUUUUAGGUAAAUUCUGUGCUGAAGUCAUUACUUAGUGCCUUUUUACCCAUACACAAGAUGCUCUUGCAGGGUUACAGGGAGCUCUUACUAAAAUAUGUUUUGGCUAGUUUCAUUCCAAGUUCAUCCUUGCCAUACGUUACAACAGACGACAGGAAACAGCAGUUUCAAAGCCUACAUAUGGGCAUUCAUCCUCCAGCAGUCUCUUUUCGGGGAGGAUCAAAGAUCGGACUCGGGAGACGGCGGAAAUGGGGAUUGAAUUUUUAAGACGGUAUAGAAGUUCGUAAAGAAAGGGAAGAACUGGACCUCGUUUGUUUACGUCCUUCUUAAGACGUUGCAUCAGGAAACUUCACGUCUUGGUCGCACAGUCAGAGACAGCAAAGAAAUGAGCCAGAGAGUGUGACGCACUUGCAAAACUUUGUUCCUCUUGUGAAAACCUGUUGCUUUGUUUAUCGCAUUGCUACCCCUUUCGUACAUCUUCAUCUCCCUAACAAAAAGUUCAGCUAUUUGUUCAGCUAUUGGGGCGAAAAAAUGGAAACAGUUGUUGAGUGAUCGUGGCGAUGGCAGAAACAUCCAUCGCUGAAGUAGACUUCUCAGUUCCUUCAAUUCUAUUUUAAGCCUGAUUACCAUGUGGUGCACCGGAAGUGGUGUCCUCUACCACCAAAUAAAUGGUUUUUCCUCAAGGACAAGUGUGUAACCAAGCACUCUUGUCCUCCGGGCAAGUUAACAGUGACUAGGUUGGAAAGACAAUUUUACGAUAACUUAAGAAGUUAAGGCCCUUCAAGGCAGCCAUUGACGGACAAUUCCUUUAUUUUAUGCGUUCGCUUUACAGGUGAUUAAGCCGUACAAUGCACAUGAGGCUCAAGGAAAUGCAGUUCUUCAGGUAGAGUUACGCUUCCUUUUACCGUGUCACCCGAAUGAUCUAGCUACUUUUUAUAUUUUUUUUUAUUAUCGUUUUUCAAGUUUUAGCUCCAAUGACGAGAUUUGUACGAGAUCUUUUACUUCUCUUAGUCGUGGUUAAAACAAAGCUGCUGCGGGAUAAGGAAUUACGUAGACGUAAACAUGAUAUACAGUAAACGUGAGAGUCAAGAAUUUAAAUGACUGAAGAUCUCAGGGACCAAGUCCACAUGUCCUUUUUUAGGAAGAGCCGUGUAAGGGAGCACCUCUGUUUAGUGGAUACCGCGGGUGUCUAUUUAAUUCUGUUUUUACUGUAAUGGUUUGAAAAGAGCGCUGGCUAGGCCAAAGACGGGAAGGGGCGUUUGUCCUUUUUCCUUAACUCCCAGCCUACGAGGCGCACCUGUUGUCAGUCUCCUUCAUAUCUCAAAUGUCUCUAUCUAAGGGCCUGUUUACAUGGAGGUGAGUGACCCCAGGUAGGUGAGGUAACUUGUGGCGGGUCACCCCAUCAUGUAAACGUGAUCAAAUUGAAAUGAGAGAUUAUAUGGACAGGCGGGUUACCCUACCUAAGCGAGUUACCUUACCUACCUUGGGUCCCCUACCUCCAUGUAAACGGACCCUAAAUCAUUCUCAAGUUGCGACCUGAUGUCUGCUCCUCUGAUAAGAAGACAGGAGCCUGUAGAGAAUGAAGUCCUUUUCAUUUUCCCAUUCGUCCCUUGUAAGGUAACCCGGAUUCCGGAAUUUCCGGCCAGUUUUUCCUUGUGGAAUCCGGAAUCCUGAGCUUUGUAAUCCAAUCCGUAAUUCAGCUCAAGGAAUUCGCAAUGCCCCAAAUGAAUUGAAUCCGGAAUCCAAGUUCUACUGACAAGUUAUUCGGAAUCCAGUACCUUGAAUCCGAAAUCCCCAGCAUGGAGUCCAGAAUCCAAGACUGUUUUGGGCCGGCGAUCCCAGACAUUGGCCUCAAUUCAAUAAUAUCUAAGGUAAAAAUGAUUGCAUGAAUGGUUACUUGUCUUUCAAAACAGGAAGUAAAGAAAACUAAAGCUAUUCUUGUUGACGAUACUUAUUUCUGCCAUGCUCGUCUGAAUAUCAAGAAAACGCUGAUUAUAACGAACAAGUAAGUUCUGUUGGUAACCUGUUCAUUUAAAGGCAACCCUCAAUCGACCUAUUAGGGAUCUUAAGCAACGACGACGGCAACGGCAACGAGAAUAGUAAAAAAGCAAUAGGUUUAGAUUUGCAAAACAACUUUGCCGGUGCAUCACAAUUUUUUGUGCUUUUCUGAGCCGUCGUUGCACGACUACAACGUGAAAGUGCCUAAUUUCACGUUUUGUCGAGGACGUAAACGCAAGACAACGACUUCCGUUUUCUUUUCCUGAACUUUGAUGCAGUCUUUUAGAAUUCAGCUCCAGAAAAAUUUGCCAACAUUUGACGAAUUGAACGAGUUGGAAUAAGCGCGAUAAAGUUUGAAGUAGUGCGAAUUCACUUUUUAAGUGGCUUUUUCUCAGCUAUCGCCGUCGUUGUGGGAAAAUUGUGGUGGCGGAGGUGCCAGCUUGAGCUGGCGAAGCCUGCUAGAGGAAGAAUGGCGCCCCAUUCUUCUCGGUCGGUCCGCCGCCAAAAGUUUCCCCAGACUCGACUCGCACAAGUGAGCUUGUGGUGACGGUAGCUAGAACUUGCGACUGCAACUUGAAAUUUCCAAAUUUCUCUCUCUUUUUUUUUGGUGGUGGCCGUCAACACAGGACCAUAAUUUUCGUUUUGUUUUUCUUAUCUUGGAUAUGGUCUUUAAGAAUUGAGCUCCGGAAAAUUUUCUUGCACGAGAUACGAUAAUGGCGAUAAAACUGGAAACAGGGCAAAUUCGCUUUAAGCGACGUUUUUACUGCGGUCGCCCUCGUACUUGCACACGCUUCCUAUUAUUGUCUCAUGAAAAGUAGCCACCAAUUUGUAUAAUACUCUUGUCUUUCAUUAUGUUUAACGUACGCUGUGACGUUUCAUCCGAUAACAGGCACAUCAUAGUGGCUGGAAAAACAGAGGUUUUUGAGACUUGGGAGUGUGACUGGUUUUGUCGAUUAAACGAGCUGGCCGAGGAUCCAAAAACUGACGGCCAGAAACUCGUGCUUGUGGUCCCGGUAAGACCCUAGCCGUUUUUAAUUGCUUUGAUUAUUGGCUUGAGUUGGUUUUGUGUAUCUGUAGUGACCUGAAAGUUAUCUUAUGGUCCUAUACGUAUUAUCCCAUCCUUCGAAACGCCCCAGGGGGAAGGUAUGGGAUGGGUACUCCGAUAUAGGGGCUGGAUAGUUAUGUGCCGCCCGAUAGAAUAUAGUUUUCAAGGGUAUCAUCUUUUCCCUUGUUGGCAAUGUGUUCGUGGUUUAAUUCUUAUCAAGGGUAACUAAAUUGUAUCAGCUAAAAUCCAAGUGCGUAAAUUCCCAGCUACACGCGAAACAAAUCAUGUUACAACUGAACAAUCCCUUAGAUUAUUGGCCGGUGUCUAAGGAGUAGUAUUAGUUCGUUGUUGCCUUGCAUGGGGUGUCAUUUUUCGGGUUUGGUCACUGAAUAGGGUAUUAAUUUUCAAUUGUCUCAUCCUUAAAUAGGAUCAGGGUUAAAAACCCCGUGCGGCAUGCACCUAUCCAAAUUUCUUUUGAUUACCCAUCCCGGGCCGGAACGUAACAUAAUGUUACUCAUGCUUAUCAAUUUCUCUGGAAUGAGCUUGUUGUCGUUGUUAUUAAUGUUGAUAUUCUUAUUUAGGAGAAAGCCAAAAAGGGUAUAUUCAAACGGUCAGCCUCAGCCGCCAGGUCUAUUUUAACACCUAGUCCGGAAGUCGCUCAGGUACGGGACUUUACGUUUCUUUGUUUGUACUGUGUUUUGUAAAAACCAAUCACAAUACGCCCAAAAAUUUUCAUCAAGCAACCAGGACUCGUUGGCAUUUUUUGGAGAUCGCGUCAAGAACGGUAAGAAAGAGCCCAGGCAAGUUGUGAUUGGUUUUGGUUUAAUCUGUGAUUGGUUGACAAGCGCACAGGAAUUGAAAUCAACCAAUCAGAACUCGAAGCCAGUGUUAAGAGAUCGGAUCAAGCGCGGGAAAAAGAGCCCCAGCAAGCUGCAGUUGGUUUUAGUUUAGUCCUCAUUGAUCACCAAAGGGGCAGGAAACUUUUCACUCCAUCACAAAGCUUGGCAGUGGAAUUCCAAAGCAAUCAUUUAUUUACGUAACCAGCGAUCUUCAGCAAAAUGGCCAAAGGAAAUUCGUUUAGGGAAACAAAGCGGGACAAGAUAUGCUCAUCUUGCCUGCUUGCGGAGGCUGCUAUUUUAGAAAAAAAUAUCAAGGUGAUAAUGUUCUCGAUUCUUAUCACCUUGUUGUCUGACCACUGACUUCCCGUUAUGGCUGUGGGGAGAAUGGGGGUUGGGAGCCCCGGAGAAUAGAGGGCGGGAAGCGGGAGAAAUAGGGGGAAUAACGCAACAAUGCGUACUGUUUUGCAGUCGAAAUAGGGUUAAUGGGAAGAAACCAAGAAAUAAAAGGAGAGAGGAGUCAGGAAUGCAGGGUACGGGAGGGGGGGAUUUUGGAUCCCCUGUCCCCUCCCCAUUUAUGGUUCAGUGGAAAAGAAGGGGGAUGGAGAUAUUGAAUGCUGGCCAUCCCGACACUUUCAAUCCCCAAAGAGAAACACAGCAAGGAGAAGAUCCUUAAACGGGAUGGGGAUCUGUAUUAAUAACAUGCAUCGUUAACAAUUUUUUAAAGAAGAUCGAGCGGUGUAAAAAGGUUGCUUGCAGAAUGAGUUUUUAGUUUUCCGGGCAUUCCGUUUGCAAUGUAAAAAGAGAAAGACGCCUAAGAAUUUUCACCUUAUCCGGAAACUUUUGGCUAAAUGAGCUGCAAUAUCUCUAAGAUUUUGACCGAAAUUUCAAUUUUUUUACCUGUGCACUUAAAACCAGUUGUGGAAUUAUGGGUGAUAAUUGAGCGAAGAUUUGAUUCAAACGUGAUCGGUGAACUGUGCCGUUUUGUGUAAAGUGAUGCUUUUCAAUUCGGCUUAAUUUAGAGCCGAUUUUAUCCUCGUGAAGUUUUUUAAGGCAACGAGAUUGGCACAAUAACUUAGUCAUAGCUUGUAAAUUGGCCGUUUCUUCGGGCAGACAAUUAAUUUUCAGCGUGUAAACCUGCCCUACGUUGUUUUUGUCGUUGGAAGUUUUGCCCAUAGCCUAACAACUGAUUGCAAUUUCAAAGAAAACGACUUACCAUUGGAGCGUCAACAGGUUAGGCUGUAGGAAUCAUUGAUCAAUCCAUGAAUUUCUCUUUCAAUUUUCCUUGAAAUGUGAAUCACUUCAUUUUUCGUGAACGUGAGGAAACUUGAGGAAUUAUUCGUGACGCGUGAAAAGUCUCAAUACUUUUGCUUGACAGCAUUUGCGAAGGGGAGUAGGGAACCCUCUAGAAUGUACCUUUUUUGUGAAUUUUGUUAUUGACAGAAGUCCAAAGAUCGCCCUUAACAGUUCUAAUUUCUUUCUUUUUUAUUUCAUAGUGGCUGGUGGAUAAAAUAAAAGAAGCCCGAUCAUAGAAUCGCUCACAGUAGCACGACGCAAGUAUAUAUGGAUUGCAAUUCUGAGGAUGAGCUUACAGGCUCUUGAGGCUUUAACCAUCAUCGACUUAUCAUUGCCUUGCCUUACCACUGCCCACCUCGUGGGUAGCCUGUGCAGCUGGCGGGAUGGUUAUUCCCGGGUACUGCCACACGAAGCGAGUGGCGAAGCAGGCUACGCAGGGUACCUCAUGGGGUAAAGAGAAUUAUCCACAAAAGAAAGGAUAAAUUAGGAGGAAAAAGCUUCGCUGAAGGCCAAUCCAUGUGAUGUGGAGGAGUACUCCUUAUAAUCUUUUUUUAGUAAUAAAAAGUAACUAUUCCCAAUAAUUUAAUUAUAAAUCAAAUUUAUGAAUCACGGAAUCUGAAAAAAAAUCUUGCUUUUAGGAAUUUAAAGGCAGGGAGAAUAUUCUGCCAUUGUUAUUUAUGCGUUUCGGUUUGGUUUAAAAUUUGUAAAUUGAAAUACAGGGGUGACUGUCGUAACACUAAAAGAGACUUUAAGAUUCUACGACGCGACGGCAACGAGAACGUUGAAAAACCAAUAGGUUUAAAAAGCAAACGCUCAUCACGUUUUUUUGUACAUUCCUUUGCUGUUUUUACACGACUACGACGUAACAAUGGCUGAUUUCGUGUUUUAUGGAGAACGUAAACAAGCAACGACGGAAGUUUAUUUCGCCUUCUGAACUUGAAUAUGGUCCCUUGGAUUCAAAUUCAAGAGGGUUACACGUACAUGUGGCAAAGUAAGUAAGUGGACUAAUCGCGUUAAAGAUUGAGAGAACGCAAAUUCAUUUUCAAGUGACAUUUUCGUUGCUGUCGCGUCGUUGGAUCUUUAAGUCCCUAAAGCUAGCCAGUCACUGCAACCAUAGCCUUUUCCAGGCUUUCAGAAAGUGAAUACAUUGCUAAGAGAAAUUAGCAGGAAAACAGCGAGGGGUGGGGUAGGGAGUGUCUCCCUCUCCCUCACUUCGCCUUCGCCCUACUCCACUAUCUGAACACCUGGAACCGGCUAUAGCAACCACAGGGAAACCAACUAAACAUAGCCCGAGGCAAAAUCAUGUUGGCGUUUCAAGCCGGAAGAAAAGUUUUACGUGGAGGUCAUGAUUGAUUGCCUGUUGUUGUUUCCGCUCGAUCGAAAGACUGGUUCUAUAUAUUUAAGCCAGUAGGAUGACAGUGAUAGUGAAUUGACGUCAUGCAUAUGACCUGUUUAAUAAAACUUCUAAAAUACGUUAAUAGACACUUUAUGGUUGCUCCCAAGGCAACAAAAUUGACUAGUUUUCCGAGAGACCAGUUUUUAACUAAUAUAGCCCAUGGAGCAACAGUCAACUGUUACAUUGUGAGUUCACAGAUUUUUUGCAGCAUUACCCGAUUAGAAACUUUUGGAGGGAAACAGUUUAAUCUUAGUCACGUGAGAAAUAGGAGGAGUGUAGAACGUGCUCUACAUCGGAAAAGGAGUGGUAGCGUUUCUCCUCGUGAAGCUUUGGUUUGCUCUAAUUGUGUCCCGUUGGUUGUAAUCUAGUGUUUGAAAAAUUGAUAUAUGUUUGUAUGGCUUGCUAUCAAGGAAGAAAUAAAAAAAAAUUAUAUUUUAAAAGUAUAACUCACUUUGAGAAUUAAAGUAAAUAUAAUUAUUAAAACUUCUUUAACCCAUUCGCUCCUGGAGAUUUUGCCGAAAAACGCGUUUUGAAGCUAGUCGAGUGGUUUUCUGGUCACUGUCGUGCUAUAAAGAGCUAAAACUUACCACAAACCGGUUUACAGGUCGUACACUUGGCGGCCUUCUGAUCCAGAUGCAAAAUAUCAGCUUGCGAAGUUCGGGCAUGCGCAGAAAGCAAAAUUUCGACAGUUUUUGGGUUUAAAAGUGACACAGCAGUCUUGACUUUUACUUUUCGCUUUCUCUCCUCCCUUCUUUUUUCGCUUUUCUUGCCUCAUUUUUGUUUUCUCUUGCUGGGCAUUUAGUAGGCUUCAUUUUGGUGGGAAGAGUUUUUAGGAAAGCUUUUAGGAUCUUAGGAUUAGGUGAAAGGAAAGGUAGGUGGGUAAUGGAACAAGAUUUUCAUGGAGAUUUUCAGGUCCUUGUCACGUGGUUUUUUGCUUGUUUCUCCGGUGUCCUUGACUAAAUUUUGCUCAUUCUGGUAUGGUUUGAAAGAUCUCUUCACUCUGCACAAGUUAGCGAAGAAAGUUGCCCUUGACCGUUAAAACUGAUGACGUCACAAAGGGUAGAAAGGACCUGGAUACGCACGGGCGGUUCAGGGGCGAAUGGGUUAAAAUGGAUAAUAAAAUGGAUACUUUUGACGUCUGUCCUUUCAUUCUGUUGAUCGUCAUAUGACGCCAUUUUUCGAUAGCACACGCCCAAUGCAGCUAGCCAUGGCUUAGAAAAUCAUGGUCAGACAAAACUGGCGAGAAGAGGAGGUCCUAUCACCAUGUUAAUUUUUCGAUGAUACACGCCCUAUGCAGCUAUCCGCGGCUUAGAAGAUCAUGGUCAGACAAAACUGGCGAUUUAAGGGGAUCCUAUCACCAUGUUUUUCGAAAGCACACGCUCUAUGCAGCUAUCCGCGGCUUAGAAGAUCAUGGUCAGACAAAACUGGUGAUUUAAGGGGAUCCUAUCCAUGUUUUUCGAUAACACGCGCUCUAUGCAGCUCCGCGGCUAAGAAGAUCAUGGUCAGACAAAACUGGCGAUGAGGGGAUCCUAUCACCAUGUUUUUCGAUAACACACGCUCUAUGCAGCUAUCCGCGGCUAAGAUCAUGGUCAGACAAAACUGGCGAUGAGGGGAUCCUAUCACCAUGUUUUCCGAAAGCACACGCUCUAUACAGCUAG